UUUUAUCAAUAUAACAAUCUCAUCUCAUAUUUAGUCGUAAUUAAUAUUUCCUAAAAAGAACACACAUAUAUAAAAUCAUGACACUGAAAGUAUAUUGUGAUCGAAUGUCCGAACCAUCUCGUGCCGUUCUCAUGUUCUGCAAGAUACUUGGGAUAGAUUUUGAAGAAUGCCCAGUAGAUGUCUUAAAAGGCCAAACGUAUACCCCAGAAUAUAUAGCAAUAAAUCCUAAUUCUAAAGUUCCAGCAAUAGCUGAUGGAGAAUUUAAGCUAUAUGAAAGCCACGCGAUUCUUAUCUACUUGUGUUGUGCGUAUCCGGGAGUCGCUAGUCAAUGGUAUCCUAGUGAUCUGUUCGAAAGAUCUAAGAUUCAUUCAGUUUUAGACUGGCAUCAUACCAAUUUACGUCGUACUGCAGUCGGGCUUCUUUUAAACACUGCCCUUGUAGCACUAAACCCCCGCCCUCCAAGCCGCCAAGCAGCUGAAGAAGCCGAAAAAUUGCUUUUGAAAUCAUUGUCCUUCAUAGAAAAUGUUUUGUUGAAAGAUGGACGGUUUUUGUGUGGAAGAUCACAACCAUCCAUAGCCGAUAUCAGCUUUGUAUGUGAAAUCAUGGAACUUGAGCUUUUGCUUCAAGAGGAUCACGAUCGCAUAUUCAGUCCUUAUAAGAAAGUUCUGCAGUGGGUUGAAGAUACCAAGAGUGCAACUGCACCUCAUUUUGACGAUGUUCACAGGGAUCUAUAUGACCAACAGAAAGGAUACCGAGAAAUGCAGCAACAGAAACUAGAAAAAGCAAACUGAAUUGAAAGUUGUGAGAUCACGCACCAUCAACAUUUUCCUGAUUAUUUGAUCUUCUUUAUUAAGACUAGUUUUGUUUACUUUUAGUAUGUAAUGUUUUUGCCAUAUGAUGUAUUUUAAGUUGCAUUACUCUUUUUGAAGAUUAUGUUGUCAUCCUUAUGCUAUAAUAAACUGGAUUUUCAUCGGUUUUAA